AUGGAAUCCGGCGAGCUGGCCUCGGGCAGGCCUCUUGUGCAGCUCCUUACCAUGCAGCCCACGGAACUGGGUUUCGUUGAAGUGCAGGCGAUCAUUCACGACAGCAAUGGACAGCCCGUGACAUACUUUUCAUUCAGCUUCCUUGGCCAAGGCAACCAUUGCAAAGCAUACAAAGGCUACUUUGAUGGGGAGGAGGCCGCCUUCAAGAUUUUCAACGAAGAAGCCGCCGAGGACAUGGAAAAUGAGUGUGAUGUACUACAUCAGCUGCAGGCGGCUCAGGCUCGCUCCCGUGAUCAAACGACCCCCAGCUGCUGCAUUGUGACCUCUGUGGGCAAAAAGUUCGAGACGCGGCCCAAAGCAUGCGAACUACAGUUGCUUUUGGGUGUGCUCAAGGCUGCGCACAAAGCCGGCUUUGUUCAUCGUGACCCGCUUCCGCGAAACUAUUUACGAGUGCCAGGUGGAACAGUCUUGUUCAACGACUGGGGGUCAGCUGAAAAUAUUCGCAAGGGCAAUCCUGUCAUGCCUGUCGGCUGGCCAGCCGAGCAGGCAGAAGAAAUGAUUCCACAGACUGCCGUUGACUGCAGUGCUUGCAUUGUGUGUGGCCGCUUAUGCUCGAAUCAUCGGCAGCAACCCGUCGUGCCCCAAUUCCGGCACGACCUGGAAAUGUUUGCAAAGAGCAUCUUCCUGAAGUUGGUCUACAUAGCUUCAAAAGCAGAGCAGAGCUUUGGAAUAUGGAGCGAUCAUCCCGAUGCCUUAGCGUGGCAACCCGUCUUGGCUGCUGCGCGCGAGCUACCCGACUUCCAAGCCCAUCAACACGAUCCCGAAAUCUUUGUGGAAGGGUACGAGGCGAUCUACAAAAAGUUUGAGGAGACGCUCUUGCAGCACUACAAAUCGUGA